UACAAGAGAUAGGAGACGCAGUUGGCUACGGAGACUCCACGUAAGCAGAGAAGCUCGAGGCUCCGAGCUCUCGAGAGUUUCAGUCGGGCUUAGCCACGCAUGGCUUGGGAGCUGGGACCAGCUACAGAGUGAACCGAUGCGGCCGACGAAACCAGCUGCCACGGUGCGGCCGGCGCGGCCGACGUCCGGCGUGGCGAGGCUGCUGCAGGUGCCGGCGGUGGUGACGCUGGCCGUCGUGCUCGCGGUGGCGUUGCCGGCGCAACCGCAGAAGGCUUCGGAGGCGGCGCCGAAGGACACGUUUCGCAACGUGCCGGGGACGCUGUCCGGGGAGGAGGGCAAGGAGGCGGAGCGGAUCAAGCACCCACGGUCACCCGAGGCUGCGCGGUGCACCUCCAAGUGCGUCAGCACCUGCGUCCUCGGCGGCGCCGGCGCGCCCGGCGUCGGAGGCCCCUUCAACGUCAGGAGACCACUGGUGGUGUUCAAGGAUGGUUUCCGAAGCCGGCAGUACUGCCUGGUGGAGUGCUCAGACGUCUGUAACCUGAUCAAGGACGGGGAAGACGACCAAUGAUCCAUCAUCACAUCUCAGCAGCUCAGCUUAAUUAAUGGAGAUUGAGAACCGUCCUCGUCCAACGUCAGUCCAUAUAUAGUCAGCAGACUAAACAGUAGUACUGCAGUAACUUUGAUUUUGCCAAGCUGCACGAGCUCAAUACCGAGCAAGGUGUAAUUUUAGGUGACUGAGAUCUACAAAAAAUACUAUUGGGCGAACGAGGCGGUGGCCAAAAGAAAUUCAAGCUUUGUUUCAGAGAAACAACUUUUGUCUGAAUGCAAAGUAUUUCUGGAA